AUGAGUUGCACACCUCAAGGAUCCAACAAGGCCGUAAAGGUCGGAAAGGCAGUCUACCUCAUCACCAACGAGGCUGAAAACGCGGUCAUUGCACUACCCAUUGGAGCCGACGGCAAGUUAUCUGCGGGUAAAAUGGCAAAGACAGGCGGCACGGGAUCAGCCGCUGUCAACGCAGAAGGGAAACCAGAGACACCCGACGCACUAGUAUCGCAGUCUUCAUUGACAGUAGCUGGCAACAACCUCUUCGCCGUCAAUGCAGGCUCGAACACACUUACCAUGAUGGCCAUCUCAAAUCAAGACCCCACAGCGUUGACUUGCGUGGGCAAGCCGGUCAAGGUUCCAGGCGAGUUCCCUAACACUGUCGCUGCAUCAGCAAAGAAUAAGAUCGCUUGUGUUGGAACCUCGGGCGCAGUAGCUGGCAUCUCUUGCGCGAGCUUCUCCAGCAAAGGCAUGGGUCAAAUGGACGGUCUGCGGCCUUUUGACCUUGGGCAAACGACCCCGCCUGUAGGACCGCUAAACACCGUGUCACAGACCUUCUUCUCAGCAGACGAGAAAACGCUGUUCACUACCGUCAAGGGCGAUCCGACAGUGAACAAUACUGGGUUUCUUUCAACGUUUCCCGUCGAGGCUAGUCAAGGUGGCGCAAAUAAAGUUUCAACAAAGGGUAUGCAGAGUUCACCCAAUGGCACGGCUGUGCUAUUCGGCUCUGCGAUCAUGGCCAAUGACCCUUCAUCGCUUUUUGUCACUGAUGCGUCAUUCGGUGCGGCCGUCUUGAAGGUGGAUUCAGCGGGUCAGGCAACUGUCCAGGGCGCAGGUACAAUUGAAGGCCAGAAAGCAACCUGCUGGGCUACCAUCUCCGACUCGACAAACAGCGCGUAUGUGACUGAUGUUGCCACGAACCGUGUUGUAGAGAUGAGCCUGGACAAUGCGAGUAUCAUCAAGGAGCUCGAUCUUUCCGCAAACGGCGAUCCAGGCCUUGUCGAUCUCCGCGCUGCAGGUGAUUUUGUUUACGCGCUCAGUCCAGGUAAUGGAACGACGAACGCAGCAAUCACAGUACUGGACGUGUCUGGAGGAAAGGGGUCAAUGAAACAGAUACAACAUUUCGAUUUGGGACGGAUGGGUGCAGGAAAGAGCGCCCAGGGCAUGGCUGUCAUGCUGUAA